AUGCCUGUCAAACGCCCUCAUUAUCUCAUGACGACCAGUGACCACAAAGACACCACCCCAGAAUCUUGCGAUUCCUCCUCCGCCUCAUGCAAGCGGACGACACUGAAGGAAGGUAUAGCCAUCCUAAAUGCGCAAGCAGACCCAGGUAUCGCCGGCUACGGCGUCUCAACACCAGACCGAGUAUUCAGAUGGGUCGAGACUCAGCGCCAGCAGCUCCAAGAUCACAACAAUAAAUACCUCGCCCAGGAGGCCUUCACUCACCUCCCAGACUUCGCUGAGAAAGACGAGAAAUUUUCAAGUGAUGUCCUGGAAGCCUGGGAUCCAAAAGGAAGAUACUAUCUCCUCGCGCCCGUCAAGUUCGGCGAGGCAUAUACCGGCAUUGAUCAGGAAGGGCUGGUGAAGUACCAAAGUGCGCAGCUUCGACUCAAGAGGGAGGUCUGUGGAUCGCGUCCCACAUAUGAGAUGUCUAGGUCGGAAGGGGUGGUCGAGAAGUGGAGACGCGGUGUCCUCCAAGUAGCUUGA